AUGAAGUUUGGAGCACGCAUCGAGGCCGAGGCCGCUCGAAGCGGGCAGCCACACAAGUACUUUGCUUACAACACCAUCAAACAACACAUCAAGUCUAAGGAUAUCUCUGCUGUACAAAAGAACCUCCACCUCGAGAUGGAAAAGGUGGAGCACCACUUUCGCCAGGAAGAGUUUGACUGCAUGCGCACCUUCAACGAGCUGCAGAAGCAGAGCUGGAACUGUGCUGCAGUCAGGGAAUCGGCCAUUGCCUCGUUGGAACGCCGCAUCAACCAGCUCGUCGGGUUUGGGCAAUGGAACUACACGGCGGUCGAGAAGAUCACGAAGAAGAUUCGCCGUCGGCUAGGCCAGGGCAUCCUCCCCGAUACAACCUCUACGAUGCUUGAGCAGUGGUACCCGUAUGUGUCCAUGGAGCCUGCUCGCAUGCUGGCCAUGCUGCAAGACCUUCCCGCCCGCCCAGACACCGGCACAUCCUCCCGUAGCGACGACAAUGACAUCAGCAGCGCGGCUGACUGCCACGGUGAUGAUGGUGACAGUACCUGCAACGGCGAUGGUGCGCACGAUGGUGAGCGGGAUGAGGAUGCAGAUCCAGCAGCAGCAGCAGCAGCGGGACGCGUGGUUGGAGUGCACAAUGGUGGCGGGCUUGAUGGCAGUGCGAUGGAUUCUCAUGGUGAAGGGGAUGAUGCACGGGAAUCAGGCAUUGAUGAAGAAGAAGACCUGGAGCACGAGGACACAGCGCACUCUGCAGCGCACGCCGCUGACACACCAGCGACAGUGGCGACAGUGAGACGGCGACGAGUCAACCGAAACGACAGCACAAAGCAAUGUGAUGAUGACAACAGAAUACGGUCGCCGGCGCUCACCCGCGGCGCGGCCAAACCAAGCGGCACAACACACACAGGUGGCAGCAACACCACUGCUGCAGCGAACGCGACCAGCGGGGCCACCGCGACCCCUGCGAUACACUCUACACCAGCGAGCACGGCACAGGCAACGCGCACGGACGAAGCAUCGGGUGGUGAGGAGAGCGACGCAGAGGUGUCGGCCACAGGCUGCCCCGUCUGCCUAUGCACACGCAUGCGCGAGCCUGCGCUGUGCUCGUGCGCGCACACGUUCUGCUUCGACUGCAUCAGCCAGACGGAGACGUGCCCCGUGUGCCGGAAGCGCCACUUCUCCACGUUUGUCAUUGCGGGCAGCGGGGAUGUGGUCACGGUGGACAGCGCGUGGCAGUCGGGCGACGAGUCACCGUCGGUGAUGGCUGCAGCCCUGCGCCGUGUUCGCGACAUCAUCUGGUAUCUGGUGGUGCUGGUGGUGCUGCUGCCGUUUCUCGCGGCGCUGUUUGCGCUUGGCUUCAUGUGGUCUGGCGCGCGCGAGCUCAUUGACGCCAUUCGCGGCAAGCAGACGGUGUACCCGGUGCCCCUCAGCUACAAGAAGCUGCCGUUGAUAGCGCCCCACGGUCUCACAACCGCGCCCCCGCCCUGGUCACAGCCCACGCUUUGGGAGUGA